CUGCGGUCCUCUACACACAAGAUGGCGAGCGAGAAUUUGCGGGUUCCCCUGUCCAGGGGAGAAGUUACGGGAUUAGUUUUUCGUCUCACGAUAUUUGGAGCCCUCACUUACUUCGGAAUUAAAUGGAUGGUAAACGCAAUAGACCCUACCCGCAAGCAGAAAGUAGAAGCCAAGAAAAGGGCGGAUAGGAUACUCAAAAGGAUAGGCGUAACGAAUGUCAAUCUCACCGAGUACGAGCUGUCGAUAGCGGCCCAGUUGAUCGACCCGAGGGACAUCAACAUCUGCUGGGACAGCAUCGCGGGCCUCGAAGAAAUUACGCAGGAACUUCGAGAAACAGUCAUCUUGCCGAUACAGAAGCGGGACCUCUUCACAGGCUCCCAACUGAUCCAGCCACCGAAAGGCGUCCUACUCCAUGGACCACCUGGUUGUGGCAAAACCAUGAUUGCAAAGGCGACGGCACGUGAAGCGGGAGCUCGCUUUAUCAACCUGGAAGUUGCUGCCCUUACGGACAAGUGGUAUGGGGAGUCUCAAAAGCUGGCUGCCGCAGUGUUCACGCUGGCGGUGAAAAUCCAGCCGUGCAUAGUGUUCAUCGACGAGAUUGACUCGUUCCUGCGUUCCCGGGACAGUCAGGACCACGAGGCGACGGCCAUGAUGAAGGCCCAGUUCAUGUGCCUGUGGGACGGCCUCAUCACGGACCCCAGCUGCCAGGUGGUGGUCAUGGGGGCCACCAACAGGCCACACGACGUGGACAAGGCCAUCCUCAGGCGCAUGCCCGCCAUGUUCCACGUGGGACUGCCCAACCUGCAGCAACGUGCUGGGAUUGUACAACUUAUCCUGAAGACUGAAGCGCUCUCCGAGGACGUGAACCUUACCAGUAUAGCCCGCCAGACGGAGGGUUUCUCCGGCAGUGACCUGAGAGAGCUGUGCCGCAACGCUGCGCUCUACCGCGUGCGAGACCUCCUGAGGGACGAGAAGGCACGGGAGGGUCAGCAGAAGGAAGGGUCCGACGACGAGGACAUCUUCCACGACGCACUGCGGCCCAUCUCAAUGGACGACUUCACCAAUGCCCUGUCCAAGAUGAAGAGCUCCAAAGUGCUCGCUCACCAUCGGCUUCCGAUGCCGCUUGAUCUGGACUAACACCAGCUGCUACACGAGGCAAACUGUGACCCUCGCACAACUGUGAUCGCAGCAGUGUGCUGCCAAGACUGUGAACAUUAGGCUCCGAGUGACCGAAGAACCGGACUUCCAGCCUUUGGCUGCUUUCAGAAUGGUUCAAAUGCAAUGCCAUGGGCCUUACCACGCAAUUCGUUUCUGCCUUUGUUGAUCUUGAGGAGAUAUAGAUUAGCCGUUACGUUUUCCAAUUUACUGCCCGCGAGAAUGGGACGCAUUUUUAUCACCCCUGGUCAAUCUUGUUUUGCUGUGCAGUUGUAAGCGAGGAAAUUGAGGCUGGCGAUGGCAAACGUGUCCGUGCGAACCUCUUCGUAAUUCUCGAGAGGUGCCAUCAUAGUUUCGGUUGUAUAUAUAUUGCUUGUUUUUCGUUACCAGGCGCCAUCGUAGAGCAACUGUUUGUAAGCCAAGUGUAGAUAUAAGAAAUUAAAUAUGCACGUAAUAAGCUUGAAAAAGCUUGUUUUUAUGCUUUAAAAUGGUCACUUUGAAUACUGUUCGAGCUAUUUAUGCUCCAGAUUAAAUUGUGUCUUGUAUCCAGACAAGGUAGCAGUCUGGUGUCAAGAUCACAUUUCAUACAACCUCUUAAAUCGGGACUGGAUUGUGCAGCUUUUGAACAUGACACGAAUAUACAAAAUGUGUUCAUCCCUUUC